AUGGAACAUCCUGUAAAUCUUUCCUUAUUCAAUGGAACAUUCGACGAGCUUAGUAAUGUUGUUGGCGGAGCAAAUGGACUUGUUGUAACCGUUUUUGGAGCUCAUUGGUGCCCUCCUUGCAAGAGAUAUGCCGAAGCAUUACCUUCAAUUGCUAUUGAAUAUCCAAAGGUUACCUUCCUUCAGAUCAAUGCUGAUGAAUCUGUGGAAUUAGUUCAACAUUACGGAAUAUUUUCAAUUCCUCACACAAAAUUCUUGAAAGCUGGUCAAGGAAACCAAAUUCAGGAACUUGCCGCUAUUACUGGAUUUGAUUUAUCCCAAAUUAAGACAAAGAUUCAGCAGUAUGGAAAUUAA